AUGGAGUUCCCUCCAGAUGAGACCUCGUCAACUUCCAGUCCGGAAACGUGUGACUCCAGUGGUAGAAUGGGUCGAUGGACUCAUAAGAGGUUGGUUACUCUGAAGGACUACUCACCCGAGAGAGAAAUGGACUUGGAAAGCAUCGAGUCAAGCCAAGAAGACGUAGAGGACGGCCUCGAGGAACGAGAGCGGAAGAUGGAAGUUCUGAGACCAGUCAAGCAAAAGAAAAAUGUUCCUCCAACUUCUCUUGGUCAUUCGCCUCACCGCCAGCUUUCUGCUUCUUUUCCUUCUGAUUCCCUUCCUCCUCCUCCUCCUCCUCCUCCUCCUCCUCCUCCUCCUCCUCCUCCUACCUCCUCCUCCUCCUCCUCCCCCUCCUCCUCCUCCUCCUCUCCUCUUCCCAGAAGAAAACGGGUUACAUGGAGCAGGAGCUAG